AUGGCGGGCGCGGACCCAAAGUCAUUCCUGGGGACCCUCUCGCCCUGGAGUACGCCUCGAAGCUCCACACCUCAGCUGCCCGAUCGACCGGCGGCGCAGGAUGUUCUGCAACGAUCGCAAGGAGAGGAUCAUACAGUUUCAAACCGGCAUAGGCUGAGCCUGCACCACUACCCUCCAGAUUGCCCUCCGCUCCGAGUGAGAUGGUACUAUGCUGUGGAUUCACCGAAGCGGAAACCCGCCCGCCUUGAGCAGAAAAAGACGGACCAGAAGCCGCCGGCUCCGCCCAAGAAGUUCAUUCCAUUUUCCCCGCGAGACUCAUUGUCCAUUGAAACUGCAUUCCAGAAGCUCUCAGACAUUGCUGAUUCACAGCGACAUGCGAACGCCAACCAGGAGCCCACACAGCAUGCUCCUACCAAGGUACCUGUGAACGAAGAUUAUCUGUUCGAUGUGGACGUGGAAGAACGAGAGCUUAGCCCGGCGUAUUGGAUUGGUCCUGUCUAUGAAGUCCGGCGCGGGACAUGGUUUUUACAUGAUGGAUCAAGCAUGAAACCUUGCGAGGAAAACUUGGCGACCCAGCUAGAGGAGGGUUACCUGAAACUAAGGCCGUGGAGAGCAGAUGCCAGAGAGACCGGCUUCUCUGACUCUGUCGUACUCAGGGAACAUACGCAACCUGGUGGACAUGCAGAUCCCCAGCCGAAUACAGGUGGACCCCGAUCUUCGGAAUCAGCCAAAGCGUACCAUCAAUCCUCGGGGAACGGAGCAACGGCAGCGUCUUCCGAUCCUCGACAGUACCGCUUAUUUGGCGCCUAUAUGAACAGAAUUGUUGCUUAUCAAGAUGCGUCAACAGCCUGGAUAACUACCGAUGAUUUUAUGUCGCGUUUCAGCACAACUGUGUUCCAAAAGCUUGGGGCUGUCCCCGGCACGAAAGUAAUUCGAGGCUCGGCGGAGCCUCGAAAACCAAGAGAAACACUUGAUGGUCAAGGCUCAGAGCGGAAGUCGGUAGAAAAAAACUCGAGCAAUCUGACUUCUAGCGCCGAGGCGGUCAUUGACCCAGAUGGUGCAAAGGCUCGCCUCCCAGAGCCAUCUGGGUCGGAAAGUUACAGUGCAGAGGCCGAGAGCAUGGAGAGGCGACCAAAGUCAACCCUAGAACGCCAAAUGUCAUCCCUAGCAGGCGAGCCACAAAAUCCAGCGGAACUGGAAGAACAAGCCCGUCGCCAGGAAGAGCAGGAAAUGGAAGAGUCUAGAGAAGUUGACGAUGAAGAUCGAGAGCGGGAGAUCGACCAUUUAGUUUUGGUCACCCACGGCAUUGGCCAGCGACUUGGGUUGCGGCUGGAAAGCAUUAAUUUCAUACAUGAUGUCAAUGUUCUCCGAAAGACACUCAAGGGGGUCUACAGGGCCUCGCCAGACCUUCAGGCCUUGAAUACGAACUUCGAUGACAAGGACAUCAACUGUCGCGUUCAAGUUCUUCCUGUAUGUUGGCGCCAUCUUCUCGAUUUUCCUUACCGAGGGGUUCGUCAGAACCGCAAAGAACUCGAUCUCACAGACGCCGACAUGGCGGAGGACAGUUUAUAUCCAAGUUUAGCAGACAUCACUCUUGAAAGUGUACCGGCUGUUCGAAAUCUCAUCUCCGACUUGGCAAUGGAUGUGCUCCUUUAUCAAAGCGGGUAUUGUGAGCAUAUCUCUACAAUUGUAAAAGAAGAAUGCAACCGUAUUCUUCGGCUUUAUAGAAGGCGCAACCCAUCCUUUAAUGGCUCUGUCAGCCUCUGUGGCCACUCUCUUGGAAGCGCGAUCCUGUUUGAUAUUCUAUGUCACCAAUCUCAGUCGGGGGUCGAUCUUGCCCAGGAAGCAAAGCGGGCCACCCAGGACAGUGAUCAUCCCUCAGGUUCACCAAAGACGAGACGGAGCACGUUGGAUUUUGAAUGUGAGGAAUUUUUCUGCCUGGGGUCCCCAAUUGCCCUAUUCCAAAUGUUGAAAGGGAAAACCAUUGCUGGAUGUACUCCAACCAGGACUCGAAAUCGCACGAGUGUGCUUGGUGAUGAGCUAGAGUCGCAGACACUAGGAUCUUUUCGGACCUCCAAUCGAGACUCCUGUGGUGCUAACGCGCGUGAUUUGAGCGACAACUCUGCCAUCAUUUCAGCGCCUAAAUGUCGUGAUCUCUACAACAUCUUCCACCCCUCGGAUCCAGUCAGCUAUCGAAUUGAACCUCUCAUUUCCCCUGCAAUGGCUAGUCUGAAACCGCAGCCUCUUCCCUCUGUCAAGAAAAGUUUAUGGACGACCUCCGGGCAGAGCCUCUCCGUCCUAGGAACUCGUAUGGGCCAGAGUGUGGGCUCCUUGUGGAGCAACUUUACCUCAGGGGUUGCCAGUAGCUUGCUCAAUCGAAGCCUAGGACUGAGUAUCGAUGAACCCUCGUCUGCAACUGGGGUCGGAAAUAAAUCAGCCCAUGCUGCCACUGGACACGAGCGCACCCAGUCAGCUUCCGGUUCAGCCCAAGAUGAAACCCCGGGGGAGAAUGAUCGUUGUCAUACCCUGAUCGAUCCAGACAUUGAGACACUCUAUGAUGGAUUUCAGAAAAACCGACACUCUCACAGAAAAGGUCUCGGCGAGACGGAGUCCGAUCUCGAUGCCGAUGAUCAUGAACGUAGGGUGAAAUUCGAAGAUGCUAAAGUACGCGCCUUGAAUUUCAAUGGCCGUGUUGACUAUAGUAUUCAAGAGUGA